AUGGACUUAACUAAAAUGGGCACCAUCCAGCUCCAGAACGCCAACCACCCCACCGCCCUGCUGCACAAGGCCAACCAGAUGCGUCUGGCGGGUACGCUGUGCGACGUGGUCAUCACGGUGGACACACAGGAGUUCCACGCCCACCGCACCGUCCUGGCGUGCACCAGCAAGAUGUUCGAGAUCCUCUUCCACCGCAGCAGCCAGCACUACACCCUGGACUUCCUGUCGCCAAAGACCUUCCAGCAGAUCCUCGAGUACGCCUACACGGCCACGCUCCAGGCCAAGGUGGAGGACCUGGAUGACCUGCUGUACGCCGCAGAGAUUCUGGAGAUUGAGUACCUGGAGGAGCAAUGCCUCAAGAUCCUCGAGACCAUCCAGUCAUCGGACGAGAACGAUGCAGAGGCCAGCGUUAACGAUGCCAGCACGGAGGAAGACGAGGAGCGCAAGGGCCACAGGAACACGCGCAGACAUCUCGCCGAGGCUUUUGCGGAGGGCCACUUUCAGCAGGCAUCAGCCACGUCCGGCCAGGUGGCGCAGAGCCCGUCUGUGUCCACGUCAUUUGGCAUGUCGGCUCUCAGUCCGACCAAAGCGGCGGUGGACAGCCUCAUGAGCAUCGGCCAGUCCCUCCUCCAGCAGGGCUUCACCUCCGAGCAGAUCCUCCACGCCACCAGCAACGCGCAUCACUUCUUGCCGGACGUCAAGACGGAGAUGAUGCAGGUGGACGUGGGCGGCAACGGUCACAGCAGCCCGCGCCACACCGACAUCACCAACGGAGACGAGCGGAACAGAGACGGCCCGGGCACGCCGACCCGGAGCAGCGUCAUCACCAGCGCCAGGGAGCUCCACUACGUUCAUGUGGAUGGGAUGCCUGACCAGCCAGUGGAGAUGGGGCUGGAGGCGAUGGCGGGGAUGACGGAGAAGCACUUGGCUCAGUUCUACUCUCUGCCCGGUGCCAAUCACAAAGCUGAUGCGGUCAUGUCCAUGCCCGUGUCCAUGGCCUCCGCGCUGCCCAUUUCGCCGGCGCUCGCCAUGUCCAUGGACUUCGGAGCCUACGGAGGACUGCUGCCGCCCAGCUUCAUCCAGCGCGAGUUCUUCAGCAAGCUAGCCGUGGGCAUGAAGCAGGAGGCCCGCAACCAGCACGAGAGAUGCAACGUGUGCGGCGCCGAACUCCCCGACAACGAAGCCGUGGAGCAGCACAGGAAGAUGCACAGCGGCAUGAAGACGUACGGCUGUGAGCUGUGUGGCAAGAGCUUCCUGGACAGCCUCCGCCUGCGCAUGCACCUGCUGUCCCACUCAGAUGUGAUCCCUCCAUUUGAGAAGUAA